CACAAAAAAGAAGCAAGGACCGGGUUUGCAGCGUGGUUCGUUCGUUUGAAUACAAGUUUAGGGUUUCUUGAGUUUUAAGAGCACAGACAGCAGUCUCUCUCUCUAUCUCACACAUCAUCAUCAUCAUCAUCAUCAUCAUCAUCAAGAAGAAGGCCAUAUCUUCUAGCUGAAUCGACUAAUCUCUCUCUCAUAUAAUAAUGGCUGAUGAGGAACCGAAGCCCCUUGCUUAUGUACCGGAGACGAUAUUGAAGAAAAGGAGGAGCAAUGAAGAGUGGGCAAUUAGAAGGAAACAGCAGUUGGAGCAGAAGAUAAGGAAAAUCAAGGGUGAUAGUUUUGUCAUCAGGAAGCCGGAGCAGUUCAUCAAGCAGUUUCGAGACAGGGAAUUGGACCUCAUCCAAAUGAAAAACAGGGGAAAGAGGCAAAUGUGGAAAUCAGAGGCACCAGUAUCCAAGCUGCUUUUCAUCAUUCGUAUUCGGGGAAAAAAUGACAUGCAUCCAAAAACUAGAAAGAUGUUAUACUCUUUGAGACUCAGGAAAAUCUUCAAUGGUGUCUUUGUGAAGGCAAAUGAAAGGAUAAUAGAAAUACUGCAGAAGGUGGAACCGUUCAUUACAUAUGGAUAUCCAAAUCUCAAGAAUGUGAAGGAUUUGAUUUUCAAGAAAGGCGUGGCAAAAAUAAACAAGCAGAGAGUUCCUUUGACAGACAAUAACAUUAUUGAACAGGAACUGGGGAAGUAUGGCAUGAUAUGCAUAGAAGACGUUGUAAAUGAAAUUGCCAAUGUCGGUCCACAUUUUAAGGAGGUUACUAGUUUUCUGUGCCCCUUUAUACUCAACAAACCGGAGAAAGCAUUGAAAGGAAAGAAAAAGGUGUACAAGGAUGGAGGAGACAGUGGAAAUCGUGAGGAUCACAUCAAUGAACUCAUUAGUCAGAUGAAUUAGCAUUGCUAAAUAUGUCCUUCAUAAGAGAUCAAAUCUGUUCAGUGUAGUUCGUGUACCCGAGAUUGGACCUUAACUAACCUGCGGUGGCAUGUAUCUAAAUUUUGAGACUCGUUCCUCUUGGUUUGGUUUGGUUACUGGAAUUCUUUUAAUAUUUUUAUCAAAUUGUUGGUGUUUGCAGCUCUUCGAGAGAGUGUAAUAGUUGUGAUGCUUGUAAUCUGGUUAGGGUUUUGAAUCUGAGAUGAACAUCUCUGGCAUCUAAUUUUGCAAUUGUUAUCACUUAAAGAGAUUCUUCUUACCAUUUUUGUGCUUCUAUUAGCCCUAUUACUAGUCAUAUUAGCGCUACGGUUGAGAGAUGGCCUUGGAGAUUAUCAGAUUGGCGCUACAGGUUCCUGGUCAUAUUAACUAUUUAACAUGGCACUGUAAUUUAUAUCGUAUUCCUUUUGCCUCGCGGUUGUGGUGUGUCCUAAGACUGUAAUACACAAUCUUUUUAAAGAGGGGUGCUGCUAUCACUUUUUGCGUGGUGUUUUUUAAA